GUCGUGCAGUUAGGUGUUGAUAGAUGGCAAUACAUCGAUGACGUAAAACCGGCACAUGUAGUUUUGCGAUUGUCAAUUGUCAUUCUCUGUGAUAUUACGAUCUGGACACAAGAUCGUGCAGUAUUAAACAUAGCAAUUAAUAAAAAAAAUCGUUGAAAAUGGGUGAAAUGGGGCCUUUGGAGUAUUUCGUUUGUGGUGGUUUCGGUGGAUUUUGUACGGUGAUUGUCGGACACCCUUUGGAUACGAUUAAGGUCCGACUGCAAACUAUGCCCAGACCACAACCGGGACAACCACCAUUAUACAAAGGUACGUUCGACUGCUUCAAAAAGACCGUCCAACUGGAAGGCUUCCGCGGCCUUUACAAGGGAAUGGGCGCCCCCUUGGCCGGCGUGGCCCCAAUUUUCGCCAUAUCAUUCAUGGGUUACGGCGUCGGCAAAAAGGUGUUCUCCGGCUUGGACCAACACAAAUAUCAGCAGUAUUUAUAUGCCGGUGCGUUCUCUGGUAUUUUUACGACGUUAAUCAUGGCACCUGGAGAGAGAAUUAAGUGCCUCUUGCAAAUCCAACAAGGAGUUAACACUCCUAAGGUCUAUGAUGGACCUAUUGAUGUUAUCAGGAAGCUGUACAGGCAAGGAGGUCUUCGCAGUAUUUUUAGGGGAUCUGGAGCCACACUUCUUAGAGACGUACCUGCCAGUGGACUGUACUUCUUGUCCUACGAAGCGGUGAAGGACUACUUCACGAAGGAGGGCGAGUCGCCCACCUUCCUCGUCACAAUUUUGGCCGGCGGUGCCGCCGGUAUUUCCAACUGGUUGAUCGGCAUGCCGGCCGAUGUGCUUAAGAGCCGCCUUCAGACGGCACCCGAGGGAACCUACACGGGCAUCAGGGACGUGUUCAGACAGCUGAUGAGGGAAGAAGGACCAUUGGCAUUGUACAAAGGCAUAACACCGGUACUUUUGAGAGCUUUUCCGGCAAAUGCGGCUUGUUUCGUCGGUUUUGAACUGUGCAAGAAAUUCAUAAACUUCCUGUUCCCGCACAAGGAGCAUUCGGAAUUGUAAGAGGGCUUUUUGUGAUACACAAGACUUGCGUACUGACACGAAUUAUUCAGCUAUACCAACACGUUGGACAAUUUGUUAAAGUUACGAAUUUUGUAGUGAUUUGCCUGUGAAUUGAGAAGCUGUGGUGAAUUUUGAAAAGUGUCCCCCUAUUUUUUGUGUGUUUUUCCAUUGUAAUUGUCUGAUAUAUAUCUUUUUUGUAACGAAUUUAAAUAUAUUUUAUUUUAUUAUAAGUAUUUCUAUGACUUGCAUAUAAUUAAAAUAAUUUUAUAAUUAAAAUCUGGACUUAUGGUUUGAUCUUAUUUAAAAUUUACUACAGAUUAAAACUGCCUAUUGUUACAAAAUGUAUAUGUAUUUUAUAUACUAUAUUUUAUAAAUAUAUAUUUUAUCAUAAUUUUAA